UAAACUUUAAUGUUGGACUUCGCUGCUUUUCCCCAACCUGACCUUUAGAGACGGACUUGUAUUUGGUAUUCACGACCUGAAGCUGGUGUGAAACGUUUACACAUGACAGACCGCUGAAGCUUAAAACCAGGUGGAGCGCGACGUCACGUUUGGUGGGAAUUUCCGGUUUCGUCCAGUCGCCUCUUAAGAGAAAACGACCUUUUAAAUAGCGUCUCUCAAGGUGUGAAUCACGAGUGUCUUCACAAGAACAACACAUUUUAAAAUGAGUAAUAGACGUGGUUAAAAUGUGAACGUGUGAUUAAAGAUGUUAGACACGGAAACGGGGACAUCAGUGUAUUGAGAAAAGAAGACUCAAACAUCUGCAGCGGAUGAAUGAAACUCAUCCGUUCAGCUUGUUCCGGCUCAGGGUUCUGAGCAGCAGCUGCAUUCACCUCAAGAGUGUAGAUCCAUUAAUGACCAGCCUGGACGCAGAACAAUGAAAAAGAGUUGGACAUUAGGACCGCCUGACUUAUUGUUGCGUUGAAGAGGCGAUGCCAACCCAGUACAUGGUUUAUGUUCAGUGUUCUCAUUCGUCCGGACAAGAGAGGCUUUGGAAAAAUGGAUGGUGUCAGCUGGAGCACGUCAAGGUCCCAGGAGUCCUUCAGCCGCACCACGCCGACAGCAGAGACUCUGUCCAGACUCGCUAGCUUCAUAGCACGAAGUGAAACCAGACCGCACACCCAAAAGCAGCGGCAGCAACCCUCCCACCUCCCCCUGUAUGUCUGUCAAGAAUGCGGUAAGGGCUUCCCGUAUGCAGCAGAUGUGCUGAAGCACCAAGAGCUUAAGCACGCCCUCCCCAAGCCUCACCGGUGUCCGGCCUGUGGGCAGACGUUCUCCCUGAAGUCGUCCCUGCAGCUACACAAGUGUAACCAAGACUCUACACAAACUGGGUGUUGCUGUGGGUUGUCACGGUUCGGGUCUCCGUGUCCUGCGUGCAUGACUCGGACCUCCAAUCCAGUCCGGCUGCAGGAUAAUUCGCUUCACCAUCCGCCACUGCUUCUGGACAGCAGUCCCUACGCCUGUGCCCUAUGUGGGAGGAGCUUCAGUCAGAAGCAGGCGCUGCUGCACCAUCAGCAGGCUGGCUGCAGCAGGCCGUCGUCUCCUCCAAAUACAGCCGAUGCCUGCAGCCUCCCAGAGUCUCCCCCGGUUUCUGAGGGAGACUCUGCUCGCUCUGAUGCCUCUGACACUCCAGGACCCAGCUGCAGAGACACGGGUGUAUGCCAGGUCUGCUCAAGAACUUUCCCAACAGAGUCUGCUCUGCAGCGGCACAAACGGCUCAGCCACACGGGUGAGAAGUCCGGGGAAGGCUGUGGUGGUGGAGAGGUGGGAGGAGCAAAUGGAAUGCUAAAAUCCCAAAAGAAGCUUCUGAGCUGCCGCUCGUGCGACAUGGUUUUCAGGUGCACUUCUACACUAAACAUGCACAGAAAAGAGAAGCACAGCAGAGAGAAGAAGCUGAGAGAGCCACGGCCCGUCAUCCUUAAGCGUCGGAAAGCCGGAAAGUAUCCGUGUCAGGUGUGCAACAAAGUCUUCUUCCAUCAUUUGUCACUCCGGGCCCACGUCAGACGGCACACAGCUUCCCCGUUCAGCUCCGUGAAUAACGGAAGCCAGCAUGAAGGAUGUCUCUCCAAAGAGGCGGAGCCAUCGGAAAACAAGCCCAACAAAGUUACUGUCACUGGAUCUGAUGUGGAGGAAGAGGAGGAGCAGGAAAAGGAGUUCCCCUGCCCCUCCUGUGCAGAGGUCUUCUCUCUGCAGCAGCUGCUGAAGGAGCACAUGGAGCUCCACCAGUCCUCCGUGAGGAGGAGGCAGUGCAGCGUGUGCACCACUGAGAUGGACUCGUGCACAUCGUCAGGCUCCAAGAGGCAGAGGCUGUACCACUGUGUGCCCUGUCAGCAGGGCUUCUCAGCGCUGGGCUCCUUCCUCCAGCACUGUCAGGAGCACCUGAGGGCGCGGGUGGAGGAGGACCAGAUCUCAGCAAGCUUCACCCAGCAGGACAGAAAAGCUUGACGGGUCAAAGGUCACGUACAAAAGCAGACAGGCUGAAUGUCAUUGAGGAUGCUCGGGUCAGAUCACCUGGGGGGGGGGGGGGGGGGGGGGUACAUAAAGUAAACGUGCAGCCAUGUUUGUUUACUUUGCAGUCAAACCUCUGAAUCGUCGUUUAAAACCAGACAAAAACAAACUUGGGAAGAUUUAUCCAAAUAAUUGUAAAAUGAAAUUUGAAGCACAUUAAAUUGAUUCAUCUUCCAUUUUUAUCUUCAUCAUUGAACAGUUUUCCCUCUGAUAGUCAGCAGGUUUGUUGUGAUUGAACCCACAACCCCCAGAGUCGGCGUGCUCCUGGAAGCCACUUCCUGUAUUAAACCAGACGCGUCGGGCCUCUGCUGGAUUUCUGACGUUUUGGGGCAAAAAUUCAGCUGAUUGGAGAUUUAGGGGCUUUUGUUUUUGAGCCGGUGUCUCAGAGCGGCUCGGAUCAACAGGAAUGAUUAAAAACUCGUCACAGAAACACAAACGUCGUUUAUUUUUGAGUUUUAUUGGGUUUAAACGUCAGAUCUAUUUAGAUGUUGAAGCUGUUGCUAGACUCGGCUGCUGCACACAUGAAAAACGUUCUAACUACAGUUUUGUCUGUUUGGGACGUGUCGUCUAAAGGCUCAUCUUGAUUAUAAUGGAUUAUAACGGAUUAUAAUCCUUCACGUCCUGAUCCGGGUUCAUGUGUUUCUCAGCUGAAGGGACGUUUCACACAACCUGCCUUUCAUGUUGGUAGAAAAGCUCUCAGAUGUUGUUUGAGUUCCUUAAACUGUGAUUUCUAGUUUCUGUUCCAUCAUGGAGGCGUCCGUGUGGCCGUCUCACACACACACACACCUGUGGUCGUGGUUAGCCGGGUCAGCUCUUCUAGCUAUGCAAACGUUUGGACUGAGCGGCUUUGAGGACGUGUUUGUGUCUAAAUGCUUUUCUGACUGACUUAUUAGCAUUUUUGUAAACUGGGACAGCUCUUCAUAAGAAACAAUAAAACCUUUACACUUGAGAUAAA